UCAUUUUUGUGUUUUAUACUCUAAGCUUAGAGAUUUUUGUGUUAUGGGUGAUAGUGAAGGGUAAAAACUUAUACGCACCCGGUGUAUACAUUAAACUAAUGUUCUUUAUCAUAACAUGGUUAAAUAACAUGAACUUUAAAUUCAAACACGUGGCAUGCAUGUAUUGACUUGGUGUAUACACCGGGGUGCGUGUAAGUUUUACCCGAUAGUGAAGUGUACUUUGUGGGAAAAAAUAACCCUCUCAAAUUUACCCUUAAAAGUUGGACUCUAAAAAGUAGGAGACAAUUACUCUUCCCCUCUAACUCCUUUGCUUAAGAGUACUCAUCUCUUAAACCUUAUUUUAGAGACUCCUAAAUGAACACAAAGUAGUUGUUGCCUGCGACACUUAAACACUAUGACAUUCCUUUGUAUAAAAUAAUGAAAGCAGAGAAAUUAGGAUAAUUACGCAGAAAUUACGAUGUUGAAGUACUUUAACAGCUUGAUCCUGUGACACAUUCACACAGAAAACUCACGCUAGUCGUUACACAGAAAACUCACGCUAGUCGUUACAUUUUAAGAGGUAGAAGAAAAGUUGAGUCUUAAUGGGGACGACGAAGCCUAAACUGACCCUGGAUGAUCUAGUUGAUUUGGAAAACAUACCAAUUGAACGAGUUUUUGAGAAACUGAGAUGUAACAAGGAGGGUCUUACUUAUACUGAUGUGAAUGAGAGGUUGCGCAUCUAUGGGCACAACAGGCUGGAGGAGGCGAAUACGGAGAGAAAAAUGUUGAAAUUUUUGAGAUAUUUAUGGAACCCUCUUGCACGGACUAUGUUAGCUGCUGCUUUCAUGGCAAUUGUUCUGGCAAAUGGAGGAGGAAAGCCUCCAGAUUGGCAGGUCUUUUUGGGUAUCAUUAUAUUACUAAUUCUAACUAGCUCACUAUACAGUAUUUUGGCGGUUAAGAUAGCUGGCGAUAUAGCAGAUCGGGUCUAUAUACGGAAGGUCAGCAGAGUUCUAAGAGUUGGACGUGAAGGAUGGUGUGAACAAGACAGUUCUGACCUCGUUCCAGGGGAUAUAGUCCGUAUAAAACGAGGAGACAUAGUUCCUGCAGAUGCUCGUAUCCUUGAGUACUGUAUUACCGAUCCAGUCGUGAAAAUUGACGAGUCUAACUUGACAGGUGAAUCUCUUCCUGUCACAAAAUUAUGUCCUGGAGCUUGUGUUUACUCUGGUUCAACCUGUCAACAAGGAGAAAUUAUAAAAGCUGUCGUCAUCGCUACAGGAGUUCAUACCAGAUAUAGGAAUGCGGCAGCUGCUCACGUUGUUGACAGUUCCAACCAAGUGGUAUGCUUUCAACGUGUUUCCAAAGGUAUUGAAAAGUUCUGCAUCCGUUUUGUUUUAGUGGUAAUGGCGGUGGAGAUCAUUGUCAUGUACUGUAUCCAACACCGCGCAUACCGUUCUGGGAUCGACAAUCUUCUCGUGCUCCUCAUUGGUGGAAUUCCAAUUGGCAUGCCACUCACUCUUUUACUUAUAAUGGGGCCUUGUGUUCGUGAUCUCAAUGGUGUAGCUAUAAAAAGAAUGACAACUAUAAUCGAUAUCGCUUGCAUGGAUGUGCUUUGUAGUGACACGACGUGGACCCUAACAAUAGGUAUGCUUGAUGGUCAAAGAGACCUCAUUGAGGUUUUUGCUAACGAUAUCAAUAAAGAUACUGUUGCUCUGAUGACAGCUCGAGCCUAUAACUAUGAGAGAUGUGUUGGAACGCCUGGGAAAGAGUUACUUCUUCCUUACUGUCCAACAGACGAGCUAAAAUUUCAUACUUACUUAGAUGGCGAAGGGAAAAAGCACAGGGUCUGCAUCGGUAAACCAGAACAUAUCCUAAAUCAUUAUGCAGAUAACAAGUCAGAUAUAGAACCUAGAGUUCAUUCUGUGAUGAAAACGUUUGCUGAGAAGGGUUUGCAAUCAAUAGCUGUCGCAUACCAGGAAUUUCCGACAGAUAUAGAACAUAGAGUUCAUUCUGCGAUCGACAUGUUUGCAGAGAAGGUUUUGCACUCAAUUGCUGUGCAGGCCAACCAGGAAGUUCCGUCAGAUAUAGAACAAUCAGUUCACUCUGUGAUUGAAAUGUUUGCCGAGAAGGUUUUGCAAUCAAUCACUAUGGCAUUCCAGGAAGUUCCAUCAGAUAUAAAGCAAACAGUUCGUUCUAUGAUUGACAUGUUUGCUGAGAAGGUUUUGCACUCAGUCAUGGAGGCAUACCAGGAAGUUCCACAUGGAGCAAAGGAAAAAACCGGGGGUCCAUGGCAAUUCAUCGGUCUUCUGCCUUUUGUUGAUCCGCCAAGAGAUAGUUGUGCAAGCUCAAUCAGAGAAUUGUUGAACUAUGGAGUGAAUGUGAAAAUAAUUACUAGGGAUCAACUGGGAAUUGGAAAAGAAAUUGCGCGUCGCCUGGGAAUGGGAACAAAUAUGUAUCCUUCAUCUGCGUUGUUUGGACAUAAUACCGAUCAAGGUAAAUUAAUUGCUGCUGAUGACGGUUUAUCAAUUGAUGAACUCAUAGAGAAGGCCGAUGGUUUUGUUAGCUGUGUCCAUCCGGAGCACAAAUAUAAGAUAAUAAAGCACUUGCAGUCUAGGAAACAUGUAUGUGGAAUGAUUGGUGGUGGUUCCGAUGAUAUUCCUGCUUUAAAGAAGGCUGAUAUCCGGAUAGCUCCUUGGGGAGCCACUGAAGCGGCUUGCCUUGCUGCUGACAUUCUCCUUAUGGAUGGUCUGCAAUACUUAUGUCAAGCUGUUCUGACCAGUCGAUCAAUCACCGUAAGAAUGAAGAGCUACUUGGUAUAUGAUGUUUCAAUUGCAAUCCGUAACGUGCUUGGUUUUAUGCUUUUGGCUCUGGUCUGGAAGUUCGACUUUCCACCUAUGAUGACGCUUUUACUUGCGGGGGCCAAUCACGCGAUCACUAUUGGAGUAGUACCAAACAGGGUCAAAUCAUCUCCUCUACCCGUUUACUGGAGCCUCUCCGAGAUCUUGAUGUGUGGAAUUGUCCUUGGUAGCUACUUGGCAAUGUCAACGGUCAUAUUCUUUUGGGCAGCAUAUGAUACAAACUUUUUUCUGCUUGAGAAGAUAGCAAACCAGCUUGCAUCAGCAGUUUUCCUUCAAGUUUGCACUAGCAGUUUUGCACUAUUAUUCAUUACGAGGACUGGGAGGUUGUUGCCUGGUUGUGAUAUCGCCUUGUUUUGCGUGCUUUUAUCACUGACUUUCACCUUCUUUGCUGUGUAUGACAAUCAGACGAUUAUUGUAAACAAAGGAAUUGGCUGGGGUUGUGCAGGAAAAAUCUGGCUCUACAACACAGUAUUCUACGUCCCUCUUUAUUGCAUCAAGUUCUUUAAUCAGCGCUCGCGCAAAGGAAUUUUUAAAAGCAUAUUGUGAUUGCAGGCCAGGUUCAAUUUGUUUUAAAUAAGAAGAUUUUUAAAUAGAAGAGUAACAGGCCUGUUUGUUACAUGAGUAGUUACUUUUUUUUUUUUUUUUUUUUUUCUUCCAAGUAUUUGGUUUUUGGUCACAACCAUUUGUAAAGGUACACUUCAGAGCAAUAACCAAUUUUGGAAUUUACAAGUUUCA